AUGUCUCUGUUGACAGUACCAGUCUACAAUCCAAAUUAUGAUAUUCCGACUUCCUAUUCAGUUCGGGACUACCAAAUUGCAUGUCUUCCAUCAGGACUAUUGAUACUAUUAAUCAGUGAUCCAUCUUCGCACUUAUUUUCGGCAGCAAUGACAGUGCGCGGAGGCCAUUUCAAUGACCCAAUCAAAAUCCCAGGUUUGGCCCAUCUUUGUGAACACUUGGUGGUGGGUGCAAAAGCCACUAAGCUCUAUCUGGAAGUGGCUCGCACUGGUGGGAAGUCAACUGCGUACACUAGCAGUGACCAGACCUGCUUUGGAUUUUCAAUUUCUUCAUAUGCAAACGGGCCAGAGGGCGAUCUAUAUGCAACUGCUGUCGAGUCUGCUCUUUCAAAAUUGUCUAAUUAUUUUUCGCUCUCGAAGUUUCAUCUGGAGGUCACUCAGAGAGAAAUAAGAGCUGUGAACGAGGAACACAUUGAAAACACAAAAAAUGUAGAUAAAAUUCUUUGGCACGGCCUCAAGCUAUUAACAAGUGACACGCACCCAUUCCAUCGAUUUUCAACGGGCAAUUUGUCGACUUUGUCGGAUGUGUCGUUGAAGUCUUUGAAUAAUAGCGCCAAGAAGUACUAUACUGAGACCUUUCAGCCGCUGAAUAUGUCUUUAGUAUUAAAAGGUCCACAAACAUUGAAUCAUUUGAAGAAAAUGGCCAUAAUUCAUUUUAGCACCAUUACGACGACUAAUCGUCUGUCUCGUCGUUCAUCAGGAAACUUUCAACAGAAAAUGAUUGGACUGCCAACAAGUAGAAGUUCGUCAGAAUCUAUAAAAGUAAUCAAAACACUGCAAUUGCAGAUGGACAUCUUUCAAGACUCGGAUCUGAAUUGUAUAUACAUCAAGGCCGAUUUUGAGCCAAGACUACGCUUAUGCUUCCCAAUGAUGAGCGGUAGUGAACAAGUUUCUGACCCAGUUCAAAGACAGCUUUGUAACAUUUUGGGAAGCGAAUCACCUGGUUACUGGUGUCACUUUUUGAAAAACAAAACUCAAUUACUGCAGCAUGUGUUUGUUUCUAUCGAGCAUAUUUCACUGACACAGACAGUGUUAACUUGUGAUUUGGAAAUGACUCGAAAGGGAAUGCGCAAUUUGCCUGAAGUGAUUUCACUGUUUUUUCAUUUUGUACAAGAAAGGGUAACGCAGUCUCCUCUUGAAGAUUUGUGCGGUGUCUUAGACAAUUUCGGCAAGCUAGAAGAAGAACAUUACAUUCGUCAGAAGCCUCUGCGUACCCCCCUAGAUGAGGUUUGUGAUCUUUCCGCACGCUUGACAAUCAGCGAAGCCGAAAAUCCAGACUUCAUUAAGGGCUUCAAACCUUGGGAAGGGGGACUUCACAGCUGCAAAGAAUUUGUUUCUAUUACUAGAGCAUUUAUUUCGAGAAAUAACGUGAGAAUUGAGGUACUUGACAAGACGUUUCUUCACCAGAGUUCACUUGCAGAAAAUUUACAUAAAAAACCUGAACGAGAUCCCUUCUAUGGUUUUGACUAUAUGAAAUUCAACGUGAGCUUGAUGAGUUUAUCUCGUUCAAACGUUGAUUUCAAUAUUCCAGUCAGUAGAGAAAUUUUGUCCGUAUCGGUACCUUUUGCUCAAGAAGAUCACACAAAUUUUGGCCAAGUUGAACAUAGGGAUCUCAAAGUGCACCAACAACUGCCAACAAUUCAACUCGAUGACGAUUAUUUUGAAUUAUGGAGUCACAAUGUGUGCAAUAUCGAACAUAGUGUCGCCAGCUUGAACGUGAGGUUUGAGGGAUUAAUAGACAAUGCUGCAAAUUUGGUGGGAAUUGAAAUUAUUUCGAUUGUGAUUGGCGAGAAACUCAAGUACAAUCUAUAUCCCUAUGAACUACGCGGCGGUAAUUGGGGCCUUUACCCAAAUGUCAAUGGUGAGCCCGCAAUCCUCAUAACAUACCGAGGUGAGCAGAAUUUGUUAAGUCCAGUCAUGAAUCAUAUUUUCACUGAAUUGGAUAAUAUAACAAGCAAAUCAUCAGAGUUGACGUAUGAUGAUUUGAAACGAGCUAGGGUGUACUUGAGAAGAUUGUACCACAGCUUCGAGGAUACUCAAGGAUUUGCUAAAAUGGAGGUUACCACGCAUUUGAUACUCGAAGGAGGAUCUAUCUCAAUUGAAAAGAGAAUAGAAGCAUUGGAAUUGUUUGACGUAGACAAUUUAAGGACCUUGGCACUAGAAUUACAAAAUACGCGCCUCAGCACUAUUGGCCUCGUCCUGGGGAGCCUUGAGCAAUUUGAUUUUGAUGAAAUUAGGUCAGGCUGUUCUCGUAAAAACUCAGAGGGCGAGAUCGACAAAUUCAACAUCCCUAAUACCAGUGUUCUUUUACCUGAAGGCGCGCACUAUCAAUACGAAUUGGAGGCAAUUGAAAAUGACCCAUCCUCAGUUGUGUACUACUACUUGCAAAUGGGUUGUCGACUGGACACAACUUUGUUUACCGUGAGUAAACUUUUGCAGUUCUAUAUUUCUACGGCCUCUUUUGAAGCUCUCAGAACUAAAAGGUCGUUGAGUUACAGCCUUCUCAGUGGAAUGAAAUUAUACAAAGACACAUUCGGUUUAUUUAUUUGCAUUCCGGCAAACAACAAGGACUGUAAAGUAAUCGUGGAACAAGUUGAAGACUUUUUGAUCGAGUUGGAGAAUGACUUGGAGACAUUUGACGCCUCUUCUUGGGAAACCUUCGUUUCGCGAUUUCUUACAUCGGUCGAGACGGGAGGCGAUGAAAAUGAUUUUCCAUCUAGUUUGUUUGCCAAUCUACUGCCACUAAUUUGUUCGAGCGAUUUCGAUACUUCAAGCGAGUCUUUUGGAGAGCAUUGGAAUCAUCUAUCCCAAAUUUUGAAUAUGACAUACAGAUUUGGGGGUAAAAGAUGUGAAGAAGGUAUUGAUCUCUCAAUUAUAAAAUCUUUGAGUCAUGAGGCGUUUGUCAGGAUAUUUCAAAACAAAAUCUCAGUUAACUCGAGUCGAAGAUCCAUUUUGAUUCUUACAAAGGCUGCAGGUUUUGAAAGCUUUGAGAAUCGGAUCAACAACAGGGCUUUAUUCUAUUAUAAUUUCUUGUCACACUUUGGAAUCGUGAUAAGUAUCGAGGAUUUGAGUAAAUGUUUGCAUGAGUGUGAAGAUACAGAAACCUUCAGUGAUUUCAACAAGCGAAUGAAAAAGUAUCUUCAUUCAACCUCGGACCGACUUAAGUUUCAGAAGUUGAGAUUGUACCAAAAGCUCGAGGAGGUUUUAUCAGCCAACCCGUCAAAUAGUUGCAAGGCAACCAGGCACAACAGUGUUCGAAGAGUGAGGUUUACUAGAAUUGAGGAUAUCAGAAAGCAUUGUCUGAUGGUGCAAAUGAUCCGACGCCCUAGUUUCAAGAAGUCUUGUGCUGAAGCCCAAGUUCUCAGUGACUUGGUAGAGAUAUAUGAUGCACCAUUGACUUCUUAG